ACGAUUUUCUUUAUCAUUUCGGUGGUAAACUUAACGUAGUAUGGCCGUCGCUUGGAAGUAUUCGCAGUUUUACUUCCACAAAGAAUACGCGAUAAACAUUUCACAGAGCGAAUUAAGAAGGACUUUUUUAAAUAAAUAUUUUGCGCGUGUGAGAUAAACAAUUGUAACGUGUGUUAAAUUCAUUAACGAAAAUAUCUUGCGACCUGAUUUAUUAAAUUUUACGUAUUUUCGUUCGAAAUGUUGACCAAAAUGUGGUUAGUCAGUCAACCUAAUUCUGUGAUCUUGGAAAUCAAGGUGGACCCAAAUGCGAUUGGUCAAGAGUGCCUUGAGAAGGUAUGCGAGAAAUUGGAGAUCGGUGCCGAGGCAGACUAUUUCGGUCUGCGCGUGUGCCCAGGAUCAGGCCCCGGAAGAUGGCUUAACUUGCGGAACCCCCUCGAUCCGCACCGCAUACCCGGAGGACGGCUAGACCUCCGCGUCAAGUUCUGGGUGCCCCCUCACCUGCUCAUCAACGAACCGACGAGGCAUCAGUUCUACUUGCACGCCAAACUAGACCUGACUGAAGGCAGACUUGUAGUGGCGGACUUAGAAGUCGCCAGGAGGAUCGUCGCCUACAUCGCGCAAGCGGAGACCGGUGACUGCACCCCAGAAAUGCCGCCCACUCAUAUCUACGAAGAGUGCAACAAAAUCGGACCGCAGGGCGAAAAACCAGAGGAUCACGUGGACAAAAUCAUCGAAUACCAUUGCGAGAUAACCGGCAUGAGAGCCUCCCAAGCGGAAUACAGAUUGCUUAAAGAAAUAUCGAAGUUAGAGUCGUUCGGGGAGGAACUGUUCUUCUGCAAGCCCGUUACGCCACAGAACAACGCCCACAACCUGUACAGUCACUUGCUCUACCACAGACAGCAAGCCGAAGAGCCUCGCGCGAGAGAUGAGCCAGAGAUAGACGGUGGCGCCACAGUUGGUUGCCUAGCGACCGGUCAGAGCGUCGGCGGCUGCGGGUGUCGACUUAGCACGUGCGUCGGAGUCGGGCCCCACGGCAUAGUCGUGUACCGACCUGCUUGUAACGGGGAACAGGACAUUGGUGUGGAGAAACAAAGCAUUCCAUACACCGCGAUACACCGAGCCCAACCUGCUCGUCGCAUCUUCCAGAUGUCGUACGUGACUAGCGAAGGCAACGAGGCCACACUCCACGUGAAGAUGGCCACUUCGGGACAAGCGGCGGCGCUCUACCGGGCCGUGACCGAGAAGCACGCCUUCUACUGCUGCGAGACUGUUAGAACUGACGUCACCGAACAGUUUAUAAGAGAUCUGAAGGGCACAAUAGCAUCGAUAUUCAAGGACUCCACGACGCUGGGCCGCCGCUACGUGUUCGACAUCCGACGCACGUGCCGCGAGGUGCACGACCGAGCGCGCCGCGCCGCACACCGCACCGCCCCGCGCGCCGCACCGCCCGCCGCGCCCCCCGCCGCGCCGCCCGCACGGGUGGGACACGAGAAAACCCGUUCAAGAUCGAGCAGCAGCAGCAGCAGUAGCGGCGGCGGCGGUGAGGCGCUGGCGUGUCGCGUGUGCAUGGACGAGCCCAUCGACUCGCUGUUCCUGCCGUGCCGACACGUGGUAUGCUGCGGACAGUGCGCUCCUAGAUGCAACCGCUGUCCGUUGUGCAGAGGCGAAAUCGAGAAACUGAUGCACAUCUUCCUCCCGAUGGAGUACCAAAAGAACCCCGGUCUGAUCGUCAAAUGAAAACUACAAUUCACAAUCGAUCUCCGAUCCUGACGAAUUUGCUAUUCAAAGAUUGGGAGCCCGCGACGAAGCGGUCCAGAAGGCCCUUAGACAUUCAAUUGUGAAAACAAUCGACAUUUGCUUGUCAGUGUCAGUGUGACAGCCCGGUGUGACGGUGACAGGAGGGCUAACAAGUGUGUGUGCGGUCUAGUCAGAAUAAUGAAAAGUGCAUUUUUAUAUGAAAUAAGUAUUCGUCCAUAGCCGAUUGAUUAAUUAGAGUCAGCCGGGGUAUCGCAGUCGGGUCCACGCGCUCUAAGCCAGCCAGUCGGCAGUCAAACAAAAUGGUCGCAUUCCAUGUGUUGAAAUUGAUUUCUAAUAUCGACAACGGAUAUCUUUAUGUACUGUAUGUAUGACUUAGUUUUGUUUGUGUCAAUGAUGUUGUAGGUAUGUACCUAAAGUUAAAUCGGAAAUAGUUUCAAAGUUCAAAUUAUUCUUUAAGCAUUUUGUAACUCUUGUGCAGAUUUUUUACAUUAUUGAUUAUCCAUUGGUGUUGUACUUAUUACUCAUUACUUGCGUUUUUCACAAGAAAUUUUGUUAUAAGUUUUUAAAAUAAGAAAAUAAAAAGUUUAAUGCCUUCGUUUUAGAAGGCGCAUUGUAUUUCAAAUAAAUUGUGA